ACCACCACCAUCACCCCCUGCUCCUUUCUUUCCCCUCUCGCUGCUGCAGCCCACGACAACGACGGCGACCUCGCGAGCAUGGCUACCUCGCGCCCGCUCUCCGACGCUACCGACGCCUCGUACUCCACGCCCCUCCACACUCCUUUGCACCUCGACAGCCCCCCGCUCGACCCGCCCUCAGCGCCCUACUUCGCCAACUUCGGCGCCCUCAACCUUGGCCCCUCUCUCUCCCCAACCCCAAGAGACUCCUACUACACGAACACCGCAGACGCAGAUGAGCCUCGCGCCGGCGCCUCCCCCUCAAACUCCACCCCCUUCCUUACAGUGUCGCCAGGAACAGCAGCAGCAGCAGCGGCUGCCGACGCCAAUCCUGGCCCCUCCCGCGCGUUCCUAGAUGCCGCCGAAGAUGCCCCCGGUGGCGCGCUGACCGAAAAGGGGGCCAACGCCCGCGCCUCCCGCACGCCGCUCUAUAAACGCCCGCUCUUCUGGCUCUUUGGCGCUGCGGCCCUGGUGGCCGUUGUCCUCGCCGUCGUCCUGCCCGUCUAUUUCGUCGUCGUCAAGCCGCGGAACGACGCGAACCGCGCCGCCUCUGGCUUGUCGUCGGAUCCUCCCGCUGCAGGUGGGAGCGGCAGCAGCGGCACCGUCGGCGGGGGGAGCGGGAACCCCGCCUCGCCGAGCGGCGCGACGUCGGGUGGGAACGGCUCGCAGGUGACCACGGAUAGUGGGGAGACGUUCACGUAUCUGAACCAGUUCGGAGGAUAUUGGGUUUACGAUCCAAAGGACCCGUUCAACAACAACGCGCGGCCAAACUCGUGGACGCCGCCGCUCAACGGCAGCUGGACGUGGGGCCAGGACCACGUCUACGGCGUCAACCUCGGCGGACUGUUCGUGCUCGAGCCGUUCAUCGCACCGGCGCUGUACCAGAAAUACCCGGGCACGGUUGAUGAGUGGACGCUCAGCGAAGCGAUGGCUGCGGACACCGCCAGCGGGGGGCUGCAGCAACAGCUGGAGAAUCACUACAACACGUUCGUGACGGAACAAGACUUGGCCCAGAUCGCGGGGGCGGGGCUGAAUUGGAUUCGCCUCCCCAUUCCGUUCUGGGCGAUCGAGACGUGGGAGGGAGAGCCUUUCCUCGCCAAGGUCUGCUGGAAGUACAUUCUGCGCGUGUUUGAGUGGGCGCGCAAGUACGGGCUGCGAAUCUAUCUUGAUCUGCACACGGUUCCUGGGUCGCAAAACGGCUAUAACCACUCCGGGAAGCUCGGACAAGUCAACUUCAUGAACGGCAUCAUGGGGAUCGCGAACGCGCAGCGGACGUUGGAUUACAUUCGCAUCAUCACCGAGUUUAUCUCGCAGCCCGAGUACCGCGACCUGAUACCCAUCUUCGGCGUCGUGAACGAGGCCUUGGUGCAGACCAUCGGGCUGAACGAGAUAACGAAUUUCUACUACCAAACGCACGAGAUGAUUCGCAACAUCACGGGCCUUGGGGCGGGCAAUGGGCCGUAUAUCGCCAUCCACGACGGGUUCAUCGGCGUAUCCAAGUGGGCCGAUUUCCUUCCUGGGUCCGAUCGCAUCAUACUCGACACCCACCCGUACUUCGCGUUCGAUGGACAGCCCAACAAUUCGCCUAUUGUCGACGACGACGGGACGGGGGAGCCGGGCGGUGUCUGGCCUAAACAGGCGUGCAGCGCGUGGGGCCCGAGCAUCAACGGCAGUCGGUCGGCGUUUGGAGUGACGGUGGCGGGUGAGUUUAGCAACGGGUACAACGACUGCGGGCUGUUCGUGAACGGCGUGGGCAACGGGGCCGCGUUCGGGGACUGCACGACGAUGAACGACUGGGCGAACUACAACGCGACGUUCAAGGCGGGGCUGAAGAGCUUUGCGCUCGCGAGCAUGGACGCCACUGAGGAUUGGUGGUUCUGGACGUGGAAGAUUGGCAACUCUUCGACUUCCAACAGCGUCGAAGCGCCGCUGUGGUCGUACAAGCUCGGCCUCGAACAAGGUUGGAUGCCGACGGACCCUCGCGAAGCCGUCGGUAAGUGCGCCGCGUUGGGUGCGACGAACGCAAAGUCGGCGUUCCCCGGGACCUACUCGGCGUGGCAGACGGGCGGUCAGGGUGCCGGGACCAUCGCCGCGACUGCCGCCGCAACAGCGAGCCAGUGGCCGCCGACGACCCUCAGCGGUGUCUCUGGAGUCCCCAUGGCGGUCCUGCCUACCUACACGCCGACGUCCACGAUCUCGACGCUCCCGCCCCCGACGCUGACGGCCUCGGUGACGCAGGGAGACGGGUGGUUCGACGCGAAGGACACGCAGGGCGCGAUGACCCAGGUCGCGGGGUGCAGCUAUCCCAACGCGUGGGACUCGGCCGGCGUGGUGACGCCGACGGCGGCUUGUCCCGCAGGCGCCGCUGUCUCCGCGGCUGCGACCGAGCCGCCGACUCGGCAGGCCGCAUUCUGACGGGCGUUGGUGGUUGAGCGGGAGGAGAGGUCCUGGCGCAAGUGGCGCGGCACGUCUGGGGGGUUCUAGCGCAUGUGUGAGGUGGGGUGGAUCUGUUGAUUUAGCCUUUCUUGUUCGGGUCGCGCGUGGGCAGUCGGGCUGCUGGCGCUGUGCCCCGAGGCCUUCUCGCGGAGGCGUUGAUUCUGAAACCUUGCAAUUGAGGGAGGGUUCUUGUGCAUUUCGGGAGAGAAGGACGGAAGGUGGGGAAGGUAGGAAGGGGGUGGUGGGGCUUCAUGGAUGCCGGUGGGCGUUCCGAUGGACAGACGGACGUUGGUCAUUCUUUUUCCUCUUUUCAAUUCGCGUCUCGUUUCUCGCGCAUUUCGGGACUUCUGAUGUGGCCCGCCCCCCGCGGGCCGCGCCUGGCAUCUGGCAUUUAGCUUUCUUGGGCGUAUAUUGCGGUCGGGCGAGCGCGACGUGCUUGCUUUGGGCACGAGGCUGGGCGAGGUGCGACACGCUGAUCGCUAGC